AUGAAAACCGAUAUUUCUUCUAAUAUUUCUUCUUUGGAAAAUAAAGUUUCUUCAGAAGUUUCUUCUAUAAAAAGUGAUAUUACUUCCUUGGAAACUAAAGUUUCUUCUGACAUUACUUCCUUAGAAAGUAAAGUUUCGUCCGAUAUUUCUUCCUUAGAAGAAAAGGUGACUUCUGACAUAUCUUCUUUAAAAAACGAAAUUUCUUCCGAUUUAGAAAACAAAAUCUCUUCUUUGAAAGAUGAAAUUUCUUCUGAUAUGUCUUCGCUAAAAAAUGAAAUUUCUGCUGAUGUGGAAAAUAAGAUGACUUCCGUUGAG